CUAAGGUCCAAUUAUGAUUCUAAGAUUAUGGUUAAACAGUAAAAAUACACCAAUUAACAAAAAAAAAAAAAAAACAAAGCUUUCGAGCGGCGAUAAUUAUCGGUGAAGUUAAUACUCGAAAAAACAACGAAACUGUACUUACUAAUUGACAAAAACAACAAAGGAAGCGUGUUGAGUUCAGGUCAUUACACGGAAGAGGAACAGGAACUUGUCUCUCUCAAUCUCCCAGAUAGCUGUAUCAGUUCCUAUCUCCCGGUUCGGUUGUUGUGAUAUCUAUACAUCUCUUGAACGAAUCAUAUUCCUCUAUGGCGGAAAUGCUAGAAAAGGAUGUUUUUUUCAAGGUUGAAGAUAUUGUUCAGACGCCUUUACCUGGCUAUGUAGCUCCAACAGCAGUUAGUUUCAGCCCUGAUGACUCUCUGAUCACUUACUUGUUUAGUCCUGAAGAGAAUUUGAAUAGGAGAGUGUACGGUUUUGAUGUUGAAAAAGGAGAAUCUAGUCUUGUUUUUAGUCCUCUUGACGGUGGUGUUGAUGAGAGCAACAUCUCACCGGAGGAGAAGUUGAGAAGAGAGAGGCUACGGGAGCGUGGUUUAGGAGUAACUCGGUAUGAAUGGGUUAAGACUAAUUUGAAGAUGAAGUUCAUUGUUGUGCCUUUACCUGCUGGGGUGUAUAUGAAGGAUCUUUGUUCAUCACCAAAUCCGGAGCUUAUAGUUCCAAGCUCACCCACUUCUCCAAUCAUUGAUCCUCGUUUAUCUCCUAAUGGAUUACUCCUUGCGUAUGUAAGAGACUCUGAGUUGCAUGUCCUUAAUCUGUUGAAAAACCAGACACAACAGCUAACAAACGGUGCUAAUGGAACUACUCUGACUCAUGGUCUUGCUGAGUACAUAGCUCAGGAAGAGAUGGAUCGGAGGAACGGGUACUGGUGGUCAUUAGAUAGCAAGUUUAUCGCCUACACAGAAGUUGACUCCUCACAGAUACCUUUGUUCAGAAUCAUGCAUCAAGGGAAAAGCUCUGUUGGUGCAGAUGCACAAGAAGAUCAUGCUUAUCCUUUUGCAGGAGCUCUCAACUCCACCGUCCGUCUUGGUGUAGUCUCUUCAUCUGGUGGUGGGAAGACUACUUGGAUGGAUCUUGUAUGCGGAGGAAGAAACAAUAGUGAGGAUGAGUAUCUUGGUAGAGUUAACUGGAUGCCAGGGAAUGUUCUCACGGUGCAAGUUUUAAACAGGUCGCAGAAGAAACUCAAGAUUAUUAGCUUUGAUAUAAAGACUGGUCAAGGAAACAUACUUUUAACUGAAGAGUCUGAUACUUGGGUGAGUUUACAUGACUGUUUCACUCCUUUAGAGAACGUCCCUUCUAGGUCUUCAGGAGGAUUCAUUUGGGCUAGUGAGAGGACAGGUUUCAGACAUUUGUAUCUUUAUGACUCUGAUGGGACUUGUCUUGGAGCUAUUACUAGUGGUGAAUGGAUGGUUGAGCAAAUAGCAGGAGUCAAUGAAGCCAUGUGUCUUGUUUACUUCACUGCAACUCUAGAUGGAGCGCUUGAGACUAAUCUUUACUGCACAAAGUUGGAUGCAUCUCGGUCUCAACCGAUGAGGCUUACACAUGGGAAAGGGAAACAUAUCGUUGUGCUAGAUCACCAGAUGAAGAACUUUGUGGACGUUCAUGACUCAGUUGAUUCUCCUCCACGUGUUACUCUUUGCUCUUUAAGCGAUGGGAGUGUACUCAAGAUACUCUACGAGCAGACAUCUCCGUUACCGUUAGUGAAACGCCUUGAACUUGAGGCUCCUGAGUUUGUUCAAAUACAAGCAAAUGAUGGAGAGACAAAGCUCUACGGUGCUGUUUACAAACCUGAUAGUUUGAAGUUUGGUCCUCCUCCGUAUAAGACGAUGAUCAAUGUCUAUGGAGGUCCUAGUGUUCAGCUGGUGCAAGAUUCUUGGAUUAAUACAGUUGACAUGAGGACACAGUACUUGAGAAGCAGAGGUGUCUUAGUUUUCAAGCUUGAUAAUAGAGGAACAGCACGGCGCGGUCUGAAAUUUGAAUCUUGGAUCAAACACAACUGUGGAAACGUUGAUGCAGAGGACCAAGUAACCGGAGCCAAGUGGCUAAUCCAACAAGGACUAGCUAAACCGGAUCACAUUGGAGUAUACGGUUGGAGUUACGGUGGUUACCUCUCAGCUACACUCUUGACUAAGUACCCUGAGAUAUUUAAAUGCGCUGUCUCUGGUGCUCCUGUGACUUCUUGGGACGGGUACGACACGUUCUACACGGAGAAGUACAUGGACCUUCCUGAUGAUGACUUGUACGUGAAGAGCUCGGUGAUGAAGCAUGUGGGGAACUUGAGGGAUGAGCAGAAGCUGAUGUUGGUGCAUGGGAUGAUGGAUGAGAAUGUGCAUUUUAGGCACACGGGUAGGCUUGUGAAUGCGCUUGUUGAAGCAGGGAAGAGGUAUGAGUUGUUGAUAUUUCCUGAUGAGAGGCAUAUGCCUAGGAAGGUGAAGGACCGUGUUUAUAUGGAACAGAGGAUUUGGGAGUUUAUUGACAAGAGCUUGUGAAAGGUAUGUGUAUAACUUUCACAAACUUUUUCUGUUUUUUAUUUUUCAAGAUCAAGUUAUCUCUCUCAUGCCUAUUGAAUUAGUUAUAAAUUUCAUUUUGUUAUCAUGAUUCAUAUACUUUUAAUAAUGGUUUAAUUCUUUAGUAAUAUUUCUUUUAUAUGUCUAUUCUCUUCUUUAUAACCUAAUCUAAGGUCUGGUUCCGGU